CGUCGCUGGAGCCGCCGAGUGAGCGCGGGGCCUGUGUCCGGGAGCGGGAGGGAGCGGCUCUGCUGAAAAGAGCUAUUUUUUCUAUUAGCUACUCUUAAACCAGUGGAUUCCAACCUGAGGCCAGUUUGAAUGAUGGCAGCUGAUUCUAAGGGGAAGAGGAGGGGUUCGAGACAACCAAAAUGUGCUUUCUGUAAACUCAAUAAAGAGGAGCAUUGUGGCCAGUUGUUAGUAGCCCAAAGCCAGAAGAUGGCAGCACAUCACAAAUGUAUGUUAUUUUCAUCUGCUCUAGUGACCUCACACUCUGAGAAUGAGACUCUUGGUGGCUUCUUGCUUGAAGACAUUAAGAAGGAAAUAAAAAGGGGAAACAAGCUGAGCUGUUCUUGCUGUCACCGCCCAGGAGCAACUAUUGGAUGUGAUGUAAAAACUUGCCGUAGAACAUAUCAUUAUUAUUGUGCAAAACUUGAUAAAGCCCAGAUCAAGGAAGACCCAUCACAGGGAAUAUAUCUGAUUCUCUGUCAAAAACACAAAGAAGGUGCCGAGGAUUCCAGUGAAGAUGGGCUGCAAGGAAACCUGACUGAACGUUCCACAGGUCCUCGCAGAGGCGCUCAAAGAGCACACAGAGAGAAACGAAGAGCUCCUAACUCAAAAGAUGAGUCUGAUGAUGCCAUGUCCACAUCCUCUCAAGGAAAAGAUGAAACUAGUUGCAGUUCCUAUAGAGAGCGGUCUCCUCACUGCAGCAGUCCUACAAUGACAGGGCCAAAGUGUGGGUUCUGUCAUGCUGGAGAUGAAGAAAAUGAGACCAGAGGAAAACUUCACACGUCAAAUGCUAAAAAGGUUGCAGCACAUUAUAAAUGCAUGCUGUUUUCUUCUGGUACUGUCCAACUCACAAAUUCAUCUAGAAAAGAUUUUGGUGAUUUUGAUAUUAAAACAGUCAUUCAAGAAAUCAAAAGGGGAAAAAGAAUGAAAUGUACAUUAUGCAGUCAAAUAGGUGCAACCAUUGGAUGUGAAAUUAAAGCAUGCAUCAAGACUUAUCAUUACCACUGUGCAGUUGAAGAUAGAGCCAAAUUCAUUGAGAAUCUUGACCGAGGGAUCUACAGGUUGUACUGUAAAAACCACAGUGGGAAUGAUGACCGGGAUGAGGAGGAUGAAGAAAGAGAAAGCGUCUCACGCUAUGGCAAGGAGCAAGAAGCUAAUCGUGAUCGAGAGGUCUUAGAAGAGGUAUAGAAAAAUGCAUUCAAAUUCCUUCUGGUUUAAUGGAUGCCUGAAUCUCUAGAGAAAAACUAACGGAGCCUUGGAUACAGAAAAGUGCCAAGAAAAUGCCUGUGGACUGAGUGGAUGAGGCUGGUAUAUUGUGCUCAAAACGCUAAUGAGCUCGUGAGAAGCAUAGAAAAUAUCCAAAGAUCUUUCAAGAAAUCUUUUUUGUUCUGUCAAUGUUCCUCCUCCUAAGGCAGGGAGACAAUGUAGUGAAAUAGCACGGCUAAUAUACCUGCUUUUUCUGAUCGAGAGAUUCCAUAAAAUGGAUUAUUUAGAAUAUCUUUUAUUACAACCUUUUGAAUUAAAAUGGAAAUAAUUUGAUUUGCUGAAUUCAUGGUUAGAUGUCGCAAGCUGACCUGCUGAUACUCCUUUGCAUAAUGAGGGCCACGAGAGGGAACAACAACACUUAAACACAAGGGUGCGUGCCUUUGGGUGCUCCUGGAGUUCAAUAUCAAACAAGAGGAGUUUGGAAAUAAAAGCUCAAAUUAAAAUCUCCAAUCGAAUGACUAAAAUAAGGUAUUUUUGCCACAACGAUCUUGAUUAGCAGACAGUAGGUAGCCCUAAGCAAAAUGCAUUUACAGUUUCAACCCAAUUCUUGAUAGAUGAGUCCACAUAAUGGGAUGGUCCACAUCUCCGUACUAAUGGGGGAUUAUGCGCAGUAAAGCCAGUUGUCUGACUGGGAAUGGAUAUGUCUGCCAGUUCCACUGCACCCCAUCUGGGAACAACUGAUGAAAAUCUAGGAUGCAGAGAGAUGAGAUGAGUCAGUUUCCAGGUGGUAGUGUCCCAUCUUGAACAGCAUGAGACUGACCCAUGUUUUUAUUUAAGGCGUAAUGAAACUUUUUCAGAAAUGUAUGACUAAAGCUGCAAUCUGUGAAAACUCCAAAGUCUAACUUGGUCAGCUAAUCACGGCCUAGUCAAACAUACUGGUGCAAAUGGCAUUGCCAGUGAAAUCAUGGUUUAGUUUAGAUGUUGAAGUCUAUUAAAUGUUUUAAUGGAAAUGAAUGGUUUUGACUAUUGCUAGAUUUACAUCAGUAUAUAAAGUAUAUUAUUUCCAUCUUAAUUUUCUUCCUGUGAUUGUGAUUUUCCUUAUCAGAGUUAGGGCUUCAGAAUAAAAAAUGUUUUAGGAUUAGGUUGUUUCUGAUUAGUAAACAAUGCUGUUUAUAGUCUGGUUCCUUAUUCAUAUGUUACUUAUCUUGAUGUUAAAAGUAACUGCCAGGACAAAAAACUAAAUUUAGGCAAGAUGUUACUUUCUCAGCAGUGGAUGCACUGUCCUCUAGCUCUUUCUUUAAAUCCAGUUUUUGGUUUGAAUGGCUAAACAAAAUAUUCAUUUUAUAAAGAUAUAUAUAUAUUCUGUUGUGUUGUUUUGACGCCUAAAUGUAUCUGAUUAUUGAAUGCCCCUGAUUUUUACGUGUGCUCUAUAACUUGCCCAGCUGAAUGUUUUUGCAUGUUGGUUUUACCAGCAUCAAUAUUUUAGACCACAAAUUUUUGGUCUAAAUUAACUGUAUUUCCUGUAAAAUGCUUUAAUUUUCCAUGAGUUGCUUGUGUUAAUAUUAGGCAACACUUCACCCAUGGUUUAUUUUGCCCUGUUUUGUGGUCUUGACUUUAACUAAAAUAGCUCAGAAAACA